CUGAAUCAGAUGUUCGACUGGCUUAACCAGACAUCUGCUUGGUGUUUCUCGACUUCUGGAUUGCCUAUAUAGACAUUCACCAUUGCAAUUUUGGAGAUAAUUGGAGUUGAACAAGAUUGUAUGUGACACAAGGAUGUACCCCUCAUAUCUCUAUGAAGUCCGGACAUCUGCCUUGUUCAACUGGAGGUCCAGCACUUCAUUUUGAGCAGCUUGGCUGUUUUGUUCAAGGGAUAGUUUAUCGGGACCUGAAACCAGAAAAUGUGCUACUCCAAAAGGAUGGGCAUGUUGUAUUAACUGACUUCGAUCUAUCAUUUAAAACAUCCUGUAAACCCAAAAUUAUAAAGGAUCCUCUUCCUAAGAAAAGAAGAUCUAGGAGUCAGCUGCGCCCAGAAUUUGUUGCAGAGCCAGUUACACAGUCAAAUUCGUUUGUUGGAACUGAAGAAUACAUAGCUCCGGAAAUUAUUACGGGCGAUGGCCACAGUAGCGCUGUUGAUUGGUGGGCUCUUGGUAUAUUUCUGUAUGAGAUGCUCUAUGGCCGUACACCAUUCAGAGGAAGGAACAGGCAGAAGACAUUUGCCAACAUCUUGCACAAAGACCUCACCUUUCCAAGUAGCAUUCCGGUAAGCCUUGCAGCCAGGCAGUUGAUCAACGCAUUGUUACAAAGAGACCCUGCCAGUCGUUUGGGAUCAAAUGGUGGUGCCAAUCAAAUCAAACAACACGCUUUUUUUCGUGGAAUAAGUUGGCCUCUGAUCCGCUGCAUGAGUCCACCACCAUUAGAUGUUCCUCUGCAGUUGAUAGGGAAAGACCCAAAUGCCAAAGAUGUACUGUGGGAAGAUUCAGGAAUGCUUGUUCAUCCUAUGGAAUUAUUCUAGAGGUUUGAGUUCACAACCUGAAAUUUAGCUCUCAAAUUGUCUUCCUGCUGCCUUUGAUAAUAAUUCUACUGUCACUCCAAACUUACUGCUACCUAAUUGUAACUCUCUUAUUGUUCAUAAGGUUUUUGUUAGAGUUAUUAUUUCAGAUUAUUAGUAGUGUAAGGUAAUAAUGUAAUUGCUCAUAAUGUCAGUUUGUUAUAAAUAAGAGAGUUAGGGCAACAUUGCGUACACACAAAUUAUUCUCUUUCUCUUCUCCUUUCUUCUUUCCUCUUCUUCUCUUUUUCUUACUCUAAUUCUGUUUCUAUAAUUUCAACUGUUUUAACUUAUUUGCUUCCUUCCAUGUUUAUCUUCCAUUGAGAACAUUGCCUAGCUGUAUAUAAUACAGUUUCUUCACAUUAUUACCUGUAAUAUCUGAUAUGUAAUCUGUUUAUUUUUUCAGAUGUUUCGACUGCAGUCCUAUACGCAUAUAUUAUGU